AUCGACUCACCAACUAGAGCAACCGGAGCUAGCUAGACUAUCAUGUCUCAAUCCGGGAAACGAGAUGCAGAUGCUGCAUUCGAUGGGCAUGCAGAUACAUCUGAUCACGCCUUGAAGAAAGCCCGCAGGAGAAAAUCUCGAAAGAGUGUCGACAAAGCACACCCACAGCCCUUCGUCUCGGAAACCUCUUCUAACAGAUCUGGUGUCGCAACUGCACUCAGAGAAGACCCUGUGGCCUCCGAGGCUAGCCUCGAGGUCUCCAAAUCGUCUGGAAAGGGGAACAGAAGACAAAAUACAGAUAGCAGCAAAGACCAGACUUCUUCGAACGCCGCAGACACCCUCGCCGAGCCUGCCGUUAAUGCCUCCUCAUCCCCGCAGCAAGCUCGAACUUCUGUAACAGACUCCGCAAGUGUGGACGGCCACAGCAAGAAAAAGCGGCAAAACCAUCGAGGUGACAAACCUUCCCUCGAGACUCGGACUGAGCCAAUUCAAAAGACCCACAGAUCGAGAAAAAGUCGCAAAUCUUCACAGCAUGCAACCUUGUCUUCGAAACAUGACUUGGACGAUGCAACCCAGCCACAUAUCUCUACUGGGGAUAUAGUCAGCCACGAACCGAAUCCCACUCAGCAAAAGUUCGUCCAAGCUACACAGGCAGAUGGUUUGGCGGCCUUUGCUACAACUCCUCAGAAAAACCAACUUACAACAGUUUCUCAUCCCAAGAAGACUAAACAAGGUCGGCCCAGACCUGUUCGCGCGGCAGUUGGCGGUAGCUGGGCCUUAUCGCCUGCCCAAGGAGGCAUCUUCAUUGAUCAAGACCCCCUGAUAUCCACCGAUGGAAAUUUGUUGAUCCUCCCAACCGCAUCUGAGGUUCAGAUCUAUUCUACGAAGACCUCACUGUUGGUCCGGCGUCUGCAAAGUCAUGCAGAAAUCACAUCGUGUGCGUUGUCGGCGGUUGACCCCAACAAGCUUUAUGUAGGACAUCGAUCGGGCUUUAUUUCGGUUUGGGACUGCGAAUCGGGACGUCAGCUCGGCCAGUACCAGGCUAAGAUCGGUAUUGGUCAACUGGCAGCUCUCUCUCACUCUGCCCACCAAGAGACGAUACUGGUGCUGCACGAACACGACAACAGCAAAACUCGGCUCCUAGUCGCCUACACUGUUGAUCAGAACAACCAUAAGAUCAAGAUGACUGGAACUUUGUUGACCAAGUCGAACCCCGUUUCAGGAUUCCAAUGUCUAGCUGCGGGGAGUUUGAUUAUCGUCUCCAGUCAGAGCAAACUAUUGUUGGGGUAUUCGCAGGACGUGGGCAAGGAGAACGCGGGCCUUGAAUACACUUGGAGAGAGAUUAGCCUGGGCAGCAACAUCACGAGUUUCGACGGACAGGUCAACCCUGGAAAAUCCAGGACCAUGAGAAAAAUACCGUCGCUAGAUGUGGUUCUGGGUAUGGAAUCAGGCGUCAUGCUACAGUAUGAGGACCUCCUCUUCAAGCUGAUUGGCAAGGAAAAGAACAAUUCGAGCGACAGUAUCAUGUCGCGAAAACUGCACUGGCAUAGGACUGCCGUGAACACGGUCAAGUGGUCGCGAGACAAGAAUUAUCUCAUUUCUGGUGGGGCUGAAACCGUCCUCGUGGUUUGGCAACUCGACACAAACCAGAAGCAAUUCCUACCGCAUCUGUCAACGUCGAUUCUCAAUCUGAGCGUCUCUGCCAAGGGUUCCGAGUAUGUGUUACGCCUGGCAGACAAUUCGGUCAUGGUUCUGUCUACAGGGGAUCUACUGCCAUCGGCGAAUAUCAGCGGGCUGGCACUGGCACAAGAUGACUUGCGAGUUCAGCCAAUGCUGCUGCACCCCCAUGAUGCCCAUCGCUUGCUGGCCGUGGUCCCCGCCAACGCGCUGGCCAAAGGCACGACACAAGAAAUUAGUGCGACCCUUUUACAAAUCUACGAUCUCGAAGCCAACACACAGAUCAGCCGUCAAGCACUGACGCGUAACUUGACGACUACCAAAAACGCCGCUCCGGACGGUGAAUUGAUUUCAGAGCCCAACGUCAAUCAUAUUUCCAUAAGCCAUGAUGGGCAGUGGCUUGCCACAGUUGAUGAGUGGGAACCACUGGCGAGUGGUGUGGAACCCAUGUACCUGGACAGCGACAGAGCGGAUAUUCGAGGACGCAGCACUGAAACGUGUUUGAGAAUCUGGGGUUGGAACAAAGAAGACGGUACCUGGGAGCUGGUGACCAGGGUCGACCAGCCCCAUCGGCCUGGCCAUCAAUGUGUUCUUGGCCUGGCGGCAAACCCGUCGAAGCUUGAGUUUGCGACCAUCGGCUCCGACGCAACUGUCAGACUGUGGACUCCAAAGGCACGUCAUCGAAACGGUCUGGCAGUAAAGAACAAGGCAAAUGAACAGCUAUACACAUGGUCUAGCUCUAGAAGCGUGGAAGUGAGUCACGAAUCCAGAGAUGGUAACGAGAUUGCGGACUUUGCAGGACUGGCUUACUCAGAGGACGGAUCAACGUUGGCAGCCUCAUGGUCAUGGGCAACAUCAACCACGCGAUUCGUGCAUUUGAUCGAUCCUGCGACCGGCAGAAUCUGCAUGUCGCAACCUGAACUAGCUUCGACCGGAGACGCCAAGUUCGUAUUCGCCGGGCGACACUUGCUUUGUCUUUCGGAUGUUCUGACGGUGUUUGAUACUCUUACGGCUCAAACGUUGACGACGAUCGUUCUGGAUUCUGAGUACUACGGACAAAGGAAUCUGACACGCAAUCGAAGCGAUGGAACGGUCGCUGUCAGUAUAUCUCACGCAGGAGACGAAAGCAGAUCCAGCAAGCUCGUGAUUUUCAGGGUGGACGGGCAAGGAGUAAAUCCGGUUUUCGAGAAAAGAUUUGAUGGAUUAAUCCAGGGACUUCUUUCCUCCCCUGCACGGCCAGGGUAUACCAUCAUCGACGAGAGGUCUAGGUUUACCCAACUGAGAUCUGCGGCUCGCCAUGAUCACCAGAAACUUCUGCCGAUCGGGAACCCAGCGGCAGACCAGGUGACCAAGGGCUUAGACAGCCUCCUAGGAAAACCGAUGGCGACGGCUGCACAGGGUGGAUCAAAAGACCUCUUGCUUGAGGCAAAUGAUGGAAGCUCGACAGCGCUGGACACGGUUUUGAGAUUCGUCUCAUCUGCACAUGUCCCCAGUCCCGCGGAAUUGUUCCAAAGGGUGGUGGGCGCCGUGACUAGCCGGAAAUCGACCGAGGCUUGAGCGAGUAAGUCACUUUGACAUGCUCGGGACAUGAUAUGGUGCGCCAGUGAAUAGAGAAGCUAGGAUAGCACUGAAUUGAGGCUGCGAUGGUUACGAAAAGGCAUUAUUGGUUCCACAUGAAUUGCCUCAUCUGGAUCUCGGAUCCAAAAGGUGAAUCCCAAUUGAUUCAGGUCACAUGGGUACAGGGAUGUACAGUAUAGGAAAUACAUUUCUGGUAUCCGUGUCGUUCAGUCAAAGUGGGCCGACACUAUCCGACGCCUUGAAGACAAC